AUGAUCGAUAACGCGCUAUAUGGGUUCACCCGGAUCACGAAGUCUGAAGGUCACGGAAGUACUGCGGAUGUAUUUGAGGACGGGGAACCGGUGGAUCGAGGCAAGCCCUCGGUGCUUGGUCGCAGAUCAUAUAUCGAUGACAUCCUGAUCCCCGCUAAUAACUGGGAUCAACUAUGUGACCGAGUCGAGGGGUUGCUCGAAGCGUGUGAUAAAUGGAACCUGUCGGUCAGCGUAGUCAAAAGUUUCUGGGGAAUGCCCAAGGUCGAAUACUUGGGCCAUAAGGUCUCACACAAUGGACUGGAGGCGAAUCCCAAAGAUCUGUCGUCAUUGACGGAUCACACUCAGAGCUAUGCAAUCAUUUCUGGGAACCGAUUUAUUGAGGACUACGCGAUCUACGCGUCGGUUCUAUACGAAUUGCGAGAAAUCGACUUUGCUGCGAUGACGAAAGAGGCUACCUAA